CAAACGAUAUCGUUAAUUUUUGCAAAAAAAUUGACGAAAAGCAGACAUAUGAGCUUUUAACGAAUGUGUGGCAGCCUCAUUUAUCAUUUAUUUUUCCGUCGUCUGGUGAUCGAAACUUAAAAUUUCAGUUGUCGUGGCUGAAGUCUUUUCCAUGGCUAGUAUAUUCGCCUAGACAAGAUGGUGCCUACUGUCUAUAUUGCGUUGCUUUUGUUCGGAAAAACGUUGGAAAUGGUAGUCAACAAAAGGCAAAUGCUUUUGUUCAAACUGCUUUUAAAACUUGGAAAAAAGCACUUGAGAAAUGCAAAGAACAUCAGCAGAAGGAUUAUCACCGCAGAGCAGUGGAAGACGCAGCCAAUUUCAAGCUGAUUUUUGAAAAUAAAAGAAACAAUAUAUUAACAGAAAUUGAUCAUGGCCGCAAAAAGCAACAGCUUGAAAAUCGAGCAAAAUUACAUCCUAUAAUCCGUGUUUUGCUUAUCUGCGGGAGGCAAGGGCUUGCGUUAAGAGGCCAUCGUGACGAAGGAAAUCUUUCUUUAGAAAUGCCUGCUGAAAACGACGGGAACUUCAGGGCUCUUUUGCGUUUAGCAAUAGAUAGUGGCGACGAAAAUUUAAAAAAACAUGUUCAAACUGCAGCACGUAAUGCUAAUUAUUUCAGUUGGCGCAUCCAAAAUGAAAUUAUUGAAAUAGCAGGACAAAUAAUACAAAAAAAAAUUAUUAACCGUAUUAAUAAAUCUCAAUGCUUUGCAAUAAUUGCUGAUGAAACCACGGAUGUUAGUGGCAUUGAGCAAUUUUCAAUUUGUAUACGGUAUGUUGAUCGUUUUGAGAAUGAGGAAAAACUGAGAGAGGACUUUUUAUGUUUUGUUCCUGUUGAGGAUACAACUGGCAGCGGUCUUGCGAAUGUGCUAAUUGAUAAAUUAAAAGAACUUAAACUUAGUUUUGCACACAUAAGGGGUCAAGGUUAUGACGGAGCGCGGUCGAUGAGUGGACAUGUCAAAGGUUGUGCUAGUGUCAUCCAAAAUUUAUAUCCAGCGGCUCUUUAUGUGCACUGUGCUAAUCACAGCUUAAAUUUAGCCAUCGCAACGACUUGCAAAAUACCUGCUAUAAGAAAUUGUAUUGGUUCCAUGAAAGAGACCGUAAAUCUUUUUCGGAUGUCAACUAAAGCAGGCACACUGCUCAAAAAUCUUAUUCUUGAAUCCUUUCCAAACUCAAAGCAAGUGAGGUUACUUAAAUUCUGCGAAACACGUUGGGUGGAGCAUUUAGAAUCUAUUUCUUUAUUUAACGAUUUAUUCCCAUUGAUCUGUACUGCGUUGGAAGAGCUUGAUAUUGAAAAUUUAAGAAGUGAUUUAUCAAAGCCACAUGCUUUGUUGACUGCAAUCCAAUCACCUCAAUUUGUGAUUGCUAUGGCGAUACUAAAGCCAAUUUUUGCAUUAUCAAAACACAUAAGCCUAUGUUUGCAGCAAAUAGAUUGUGAUUUGAGCAGCUGCGUUGCUUAUGCAAAUAAUUUGUAUGCUGAAAUUAGUGAAAUGCGUAAGGAUUCUGAACAAUCGUUUAAACUAAUUUUUGAAUCAGUUAAAACAAUAGCCGCAGAAUUAGAUUUAGAAAUCAAAAUUCCGCGUUUGGCGAAACGGCAAACUAAUCGCGACAAUUAUGAAGGCGAACCGGAAGAAUAUUACCGCAGAUCAAUUUACAUACCGUUUUUAGAUCAUUUUUUGGACCAAAUCAAUGAACGAUUUUUAAAACAUCGAGAGCUGCUUUCCAAAAUUGAAAACAUUUUGCCAAAUAAAUGCGUAAAUCUGGACGUUAUUGAGAUGCAGGAGACUGUUCGUGUUUUAGAAAAGCAAUGGUCCGCUGAUGUAGAAGAUCCCGAUGAUUUCGUUGCUGAAUUUAGAAUGUGGAAAAGGAACUGGUUAAAUCAAUCAAAGAGAUCCAAAACAUUUUUAGACGCGUUGAAUUGUUGCGAUGCAAAAAUUUUCAAAACAGUGCAUCGUUUUUUAAAGAUUGGAGCAACAAUCCCUAUAUCUGUCGCUUCAAGUGAACGCUCGUUUUCCUCACUUCGCAGGCUCAAAACAUAUUUAAGAAAUAAAACUGGAGAAGCACGCCUGAACGGAAUGGCUCUCUUGAAUAUCCAUAGAGAUAUAGACGUGACGGAGGAAGAGAUUUUAAAUGUUAUGGCCCAAAAUAAAAGACGAUUAGACUUCAAUUUGUGAAUAAAAUAAUGAAACAUUGUCUUUUUACCUAAAACCCCCCCCAAAUUUUUUUCCUGCGUUCGCCACUGGUGCGCUUUGAUCAUCAAGAUGAUCACUCAAUACGCUUGCCGAUUAUACACUGAUCUUUAUUAGUAAAAGCACUUAUAUUUAUAUUCUUAUAAUUCUAUGCU